AUGGCGCGCAUCCCCCAUGCCGACGAGUCCUCAAGUCAACCUUCAUCUCCAGAAACUCAUUCCGAUAAGGAGAACAACCAAUACUCUUCCCAAAAUCGAAAACGACACCAGGGCCGGACGAUGGCCUCUUCCAGCGCCAACGCGAAGCGGCAGCGGCUAGGGAACAGAACUACAAACAUCCAGGAUUCUGGCCAGUCCCAAAUUCCACCUUCGCAACAAGAUUACACCAAACAAUACUACGACCCAGAUCAAGAUGAAAAGGAAAGACGGCGAAUCCGGAAGGGACUUCGGGACUUAACACGGGAUCUACAUGAUUCCCGGAAUGAAUUCAUGCAGUCUGGCAAUGACGGUCUCCUCCAAACUAUCGAAAAAGCGAACGAACUUUUUCGCGGCGUCAAGCAAACUUCAGACGCGACAAUCGAUUCACGCCUCCUAGUCAGCGCCGCUGAUCUGUCAUAUAAGAAGACGGCGCAGUUAGUUUUAGGGGACGCGUCCGCCGGAAUAGAUGUCGACGAGUUUGUCUCUAAAUGCAUCUCCUUCAUGCGCAACGGCCCCGAGGAUUUCCAAGCAACAUUUCCCAGUAGCACACAACGUCGGCGCACACAAACAUCCAGUAGAAGUCAAGCCGACCCCGAUGAUAGUGAUGAGGAUCAGGGUGAUGCGCUGAACUGGGACUGGCUGGGACGCGCUGCCUGUCUUCGUCAUAAUGCGCGACCGGCUGUGGCCGGUUUCCUUUUAGGACCACUGUCGGUGCAGAAGCGCACGCGACAAAUGGUGCAACGAAAAGCAAGGGAGCGCAUCGAUCCAUCGCAAGCAGUCCGGCCACAAGAGUUACAGGAGCAGGACCUUGAUCGGCAGGAAACUUCAAACCUCACCACUAUCUGCACGAACAUAAAUAAGCUAUUGGCAGAAGUACAGACUGGGGGUCAAGACAUUGUAGACAGGGAAUUAUUGCAGCUGGAGGAUCCUUCCCCGGAAGUAGUCCAGGAAGUGAUGGCUAGGUAUAAUGUUGCCGACGACGGCGGAGUGCCUCUGUUCCACUUUUGUAUCAACCCAAGGUCUUUCGGACAAAGUGUCGAAAACCUGUUUUAUGUCAGCUUCUUGGUUAGGGAUGGCACGGCUGGCAUCUCAACGGACAGUCGUCUGUUACCAACAUUACAUUCUUCGAAGCCAUAUGCGCCGAAUGAGGCACAAAAGAAAGGGGUCCAGAAGCACCAGGCGAUUUUCAGUCUUGAUUUCAAAACUUGGCAGGACUUGGUCGAUGUUUACAGUAUCAAGGAGUCGAUCAUUCCUCAUCGCGAAGAAGAACAAUCUCAGAACACAGCACAGGGCUGGUAUGCAUAG